AUGGCCAACUACUUUUCUGGCUUCUUCCACAUGACUCAGGCGCUUCAACAAACUCGGGGUCGACACCAGCUUCGCACGUGGGAGCUAAUGCUCGCGGGCUCCUGCGCCGGCGUGCUAUUCUGGUGUGUCGCGCUGCCGCUCGACUGCAUCAAGAGUCGCAUCCAAAGCCAACCCCUGGAGACGUCUCCGCGGCGCAGCUGGUUGGCUGCCCUCCACUCCAUUGACGGCGUGGCGAGCCUCUACCGCGGGUGGCAGGUGGCCUUCGGACGCGGCAUCCCUGGUGCCGCAAUCACCCUGACCGUGCAUCAUCGCGCUCUCGAGUGGAUCACGCAGCGGUGGGAGCAAUGA